UCAUUUGAUUUGUUACAGUCCUUUGAAGUAGCUGCUGGAGAACAGCACAAGAUUUGCACAGACAAAUGGAUGAAGGCUAUUAUUUAGAUGAAAACUACUCAUAUGAAUACCCUAAUGAAACCACUGUCUGUGAAAUGGGUGACUACUUCACAUUUAACAUCUAUCUCACUGCUGUUCUCUACAUUCUGGUAUUUUUCCUCAGUUUGCUAGGAAACACUUUGGUGUUAUGGAUCCUACUGAAAUAUGAAAACCUUACAUCUUUAACAAACAUCUUCAUCAUGAAUCUCUGUAUCUCUGAUUUAGUCUUCUCCUGCAUGCUGCCAUUUUGGGUAGUGGACCAGUCCUUUGGAUGGAUUUUUGGUGAGUUCCUUUGCAAAGCAUCAAAUGCUAUUUUCUCCAUUGGCUACUACAGCGGUGUUUUCUUUUUGACUCUCAUGACUAUCCUGAGGUACUUGUUUGUCGUGAACCCCCUUUCAACUCUGAGAUCCCAGACGCAAUGCUGUGGUGUUCUGGUGUCCUUGGCUGUCUGGACUGUUAGCAUCUUAAUUGUGGUUCCUGAGGUGAUUCACACCACAGUGCAAAAAGACUUGGAAGAGCACAGGUACUGUGAUUAUGAAGAUGGGAACUGGAAAAAGGUAGACAUUUAUGUGAGAAAUGUACUCUUCCUGUUUUCCUUUGGAGUAAUCAUAUUCUGUUACUUCAAGAUACUCAUAAUCCUGCUUAGAGCAAGAUCUCGCAGAAAGCACAGAACUGUGAGACUCAUCCUCAUUAUUGUGGUGGCUUUUUUCCUGUGCUGGGCACCCUACAACAUCCUCAGCUUCCUGACUACUUUUCCACCACCUACCUGUCAGUACAUGAAAGACUCCAGCCUCGCCUUUCACAUCAGCCGUAAAAUUGCUUUCUCCCACUGCUGCCUCAACCCUGUGCUCUAUGUAUUUGUUGGAGUGAAGUUCAAGAGGCAUUUGGCACAGUUAUGCAGCCUGUGUUUACACUGCAGCAAUGGUCAAGCCUCCAGCCCAAGGACCUGCUAUGAAGGCAAACUCCAGCAUGAAGGAACAUCCGUCUACUGA